GAGACCGAGCGUGCCGUGAGCACCCGUCGUAAUCCUGGACCACGUAAACGGGCGCCUCGGAGGAUCGUGCCGGGAUCUCCUGGCAUGCGAUCAGGAGCAUGCAGAAGCCAUUGAGAGAGCUGGGUUUGUGCCUCAAUACGGGGGUGUCAACAAGCAACGUCGUCAUCGCCGAAGUCUGCAACGAGACGCGCGGGGGACUGCCUCUUCUUCAGGUAUGGCCCAGCGACUCGCCCAGGGCCGAUGCCGACGGACAGGCCCAAGCCUUUGUGUUCCCAGAUGUGCAGGAAAGUGUCAACGACAGCGGCAUCGAAUCCAUCCAGGCAUCGCCGUCACCGUGCGGUAUCACCUGCAACAGCCCGGCGAUGACGCCGCAGCAAUCGCGUCGCGCCAGCCUGCUGCAUCCGGAUCACGCGCGGCUGCAGCUGCAUUAUCUUCAUCACAACCACCAUAACGCGGGGACAAAGAGUCCGCCGUCGCCGGACAGAACGUCCGUGGACGAGGACCACGAGGACCGGCCCGCGCCGCCGAGUCCCUCCAGUUCGACUACCAGCAGCCUGCGAUCGAUGCCGAGUUCAGCGAUCGUGUCGAUGCACUCGCAGGACAGGAGACGCAGCAGCAGCAGAUACAGCAUGUUCGAUGCUCUGGAUUUGGAAUACGCCUUGCUGAGGGCCGCGGCCCGCGGUUCCGUGGGCCCGUAUUCCCUGUCGGAGUCUCUCCACAAGUUGACCUUCACCCAGAGCCUGGCCUUUCCCGCCCUGGCGCGCGGUCUCGCCGCCAAGCAGAGCGUGCCGAGCGGGAGGUCCCAACAGCCCACGGAGAGCGGGCUGAACGCCUUCGCCAAAGUGGUGACCGCGAUGGUGUUGAUGCUGGUGAGCGUGCUGGUGUUCGGUGUGGUCUACAAGUUCGCCAAGACGUGAGGCUGGCUGCUGGCACCCGGCCGGUAUCCUGGAUCGACACAGGAUAACAAUCGCCUGGGUGUCGGCGACGUUUUCGGCGAUAACGUCUGAGGAAGGGUCUAAAUCUCAACUCGCUCUACGCGAGGAAAAGUAAUUGGGAAGCAACGGAAGAGACACGCUGCGUGUCUAGGAUGACAUUUUCUGACUGUGCCAUCGUUGGUCCUUUAACGAUGAGAUUGACGCGUGAGUGGGAAAUGAAUGAAAUAUGACGGUGGGCGACUCGGGCAGAUUGUAAACAAAUUUUAUACGAUAUCUUAUUGUCUUUGUCGCGUAACGACGUGCGUAUUUAGGUACUUAACGUAAAGUCUCAGCGAAGAUAACGCUGCCGUGAGAAGAAACGCGAGAUUGAUCAUAAAGGGCAUAUAAUAACGUUAUCGAUAAGCUGUUCGAUCUGUUAAAUCGACAAGACAUGCGAAUCAAAUUCGCGUGUACAUAUAUAUAUACAUAUAAUAAUUACAUAUUGCGUAAAUAGUAUCAGGUUUGAUAUCGGCAAAAAGUUUCGAUGCAGAGAACAUGUUAAAAAUGGGGAAAGUCACGUAGUGUGUGUCUGAGAAGGAUUGCAGAGUGCAUAUUUGCUACGAGUCCAGCCGGUUUAUGUCCUGAAAAAUAAUUGUACGCGUGAAUCAACAUAGACGGAGAUUUUCACGUCGACGGGUGCACUCGAUCCUAAGUAUCUCGAUAACAGAUACAAACUUGUGCUUCGAAAGCUGCGGUAUCGCCGAAGAAAACAUUUCCGCAUCGCGUUCCCCAGUACUUCGAGAGCCGCGGGAAACCCAUUAAAAUGUUCUUCAGCGAGUUUCACUGCACCGUUGAUAGACGGUAACUGGGACAGGUCUCGGUCAAUAUAAGCCGGAUUGCGGCUGUACGACGAGGAGAGGACGAUUGUGGGUCGAGCCAUCCGUUGAACUGUCUCCGCGAACAUGUCUCUUCUGCUCGGUAACAUUCGAGUGCGCUUUAUGCAAUUGAGCAAACGCUCGAAAACUUCGAUCGCGAUUGAAACGCAGAUUUCCGCGCGACGUAACGAUCAAACGAUCGCCGUAUUUUUGGGAUGAUAUCUUUGAAUUUUUACUAAGACGACAGAAUCUUUCCUUGAUAAUUCUCAGCGCAUUUUUUUCAACAAUCGCUCCAGAGAGAUCCUUAUACAGAGUGUUAAAAGGAGGAUUCAGAAUUUUAAGGAACUAAAGGAAAUUUCAAUAGAUGUAGGUCGAGAAAUUGAUGUUUUCGAAGUUGUAGACUGUUCUUUAUCUUGGUUGAAGUACAUUCCAUUUAUUCAGACAGAGAAAAAGAAGGAUGCUUCAAACUCCAGAGUUUACAGAAGGUUUUUUACAUGUCUUCCUCCCAUUUCCACAUAUACUUCACACCUUCGUACUACAAAAUUGCGAACUCUUGCAAGAAUUCCCGGCUGUUUGCAACUCCGAAAGUAUUAAUUUUUCGACCUACGUUUAUUGGAAUUUCUAUCGCUCCAUUUCAUCACGAGCGCUAUCUGUCCUUUUUUUAACGCCGUUUUAACACACUGAAAGAACAUCGAUUGAGAUGUAACCGUAUAGGACACGAAACGAUCUCUUGACCAUAGUAGAAUUCUUUUUAGCCGUUUGAUUAACUAUUUAACUUAAUACCAAAAUCCCUUGGCCAAUCUAUUGCCUUGUCCGCGAGCAGAGAGCCGCCAUCUCACACGGACGCCGCAUGCGAAUACACACUCUCGCGAAUUUUUUGGAAACCUCUAACGACUGUCCAAGUGCUUUACACAACUUCUAUUCGUGACAAUCGGCCGGGAAGCGCUAACUCCCGGCAAAUUAAAUUAUAAUGUUAAACGCGACUCGGUGAAAUUCCGACCUCCGGCCGGAAACGACGAGAACUGAGCAGCUUCCGACGAUGCAGAAUUAAUCUGAAGGCAGCUUUAUCGUCUAUGCUUCGUCUCGGACACGGUCGAGGCUUGAAGUCGAAUCGAAAUCCGAUGAGAUUAGUUUUCAUGCCAUUAGUUGAUCAACGUGUUAAGGCGCUAUCGUGUAUUUUUAUAAAAUCUCAUAUCGAUCGUAACGUCAGUAAGUAAAAAUAAACUCGACUCGCUUGUUAUAUACAUUGUCUCAUUAAAGAAUUUUCUAAAGGGUA